AUGAAAAGGACAGCCAUGCUGUGGAAGGUGUCACUGCUUGUAGCGAUGGUUGUGAUGGGUACUCAUAUAUGGACCAUUGACAAAGAAUUUGUAGACAUUACUAAGGAUCUAGAUUAUUUUGUCGCAUCAGUGGAGUUUGCUGUGACUCAGUUCAAUGACAACAACCCAGAAGAGAACACAUACAGGUUGCUUGAAGUUGGGAGAGCCCAGAAAAAGACAUGGACAAUGAUUUUUUUAAUGGAUUUGGAGAUGGGCCGCACAAUUUGUAAGAAACAUGAUGAAAACUUGAGUAAUUGCCCAUUGCUACAAGGCUCAGGAGAAAAAAAGGUGAACUGUGUUUUCCAAGUAGAUGCUCGACCUUGGUUUUCCCACUUCUCCAUCCUGAAUAGUACCUGUGUGCCAACAUAA